AUGGCAGAGGCUGGGGGUAGAUCACGACGGUCAGCAGAAAUCGAAUGGACCUCUGAGCCGGGUGACCUGCCCCGGAAGGUCACCGAGGGGGCCCCUUCCACAGCCUGGACCCUCCGCGACGGGAUAAAGAGGGACGAGCCGAACGUGGGACACGCAGCUUCCAUGGGUGCCGCUGGCUCACGGCCAAUGCAGGUUUCACCUCGGGAGAAUGGCGGCCAUACGCGACCGGGAGGCGACCUUCAUAUGAGCGAGCGAGCGAGGCUUCAGCCUGGGGAUGAGUUCACACGGGCGCGGGGGACGGAGUGGGCCUGGAUGAACCCCCGGGUGCGUCGGGGAGAGAGCUCUACACUGGCCAAAGAAAAGAGGGAUAUAGCUGUUGCCACUGAAGACACCAUCGGAAUGUCGUGGCAUAGCCUCACUGUGAACUUUGUACCCCAGCCUUGGCCUUGGAUGGUCGGCAGAGCUGCCUGA